UGAAAAAACUAAUAAUUGAGCUUGAUAAAAACAAUUUUUGCGUUUGCUACCAUCUAAUUGCUGCGUGUCUUCUUAAAGACCAAUUGUGGGAGGGUGUUAAUCAAGGAAACAAAAAGUAUUUCAUUUGCCAACCUUCAGAAAAAGCAGAAGAAUGGGAGACUUCGCUUAUGCUUCACCGAAGUAACCCCCAGGGAGCUUCAAGGUAUGGAAAACUUUGGACUUCUUUAAUAGAAAACCCAUCAAUAGAAGACCAAUUCAGAAUUCUGUCAGAUCUUCCUAACCAUCAUAAAUGGAUGUGGGAUAAACUUGUUAAAGGUGUAAAAUAUGAACAGAAGUUUUCAAAUUCAUGCAGAUAUUUUCCUGGUUCACCCAGAAACAGAAUUCUUCAAGCCUCUUUUUAUCGAGUUACCUCUGAUAACAUUAUUGUAUCCAUUUUAAGAAAUGUUUUUGGUGUUAAAGAGACAGUUGUAUAUCCAUCUAGAAAAGAAAUUUUAUCUCUAAUAGUGUCAAAAGCAAAAAAGAGUAGGAUAUCUAAAGAAAGUUUUCUUGACCAAGAGUUUCAAUAUAAUGAUUUGCAUUGUGGAAAAAAAGUAGUUACAAACAAUAUUGGCAUCACAGAUUCUAUUAAUGAGGUUAACUUGGUUCAGCAUUUAAGUAAAAGAAACAGUCUCUAUGAAUACUUUUGUGCUGAACUUUUUAGUCAUGGCGUUCUUUGUUGGCGUGUUCGAAAACCGUCUCUUAGUAUAUGUGUUAUGAACAAUUACAAUCACGAGAACGGGAACUUUCAAGAUAAAGAAUUUGUUCAUGUAAAAGCUGAAACAAUGUGUUCUACUGCAAUAUACAACUGCUCCUGUAAAACAUUCUCAUCAUGUGUUUUUUUUCAAUCAGAAAAUUUGACAAAUGUAAAUAAUUGUUGUCAUUGUCGUCUGUUAAACCAGCUAAUGCAAAUGCUUGAUAAUCCUGAUUUCAUCCCAGAAAAUAGUUUAUUAAACAAAAAAAAACUUAUGGAUAGUUUAAUCUAUCUCAAAUCAAAUGUUUUUAAGUUAACUUCAAAAUCGGGAGUUGAAAGAUAUUCGGUAGUUGCUGAUUCAUGUUCUUUUGUUACAGUUUUUGAAAUUUCAAAAUCAUCUUGCAAAGUAAUAAAAUGUCAUGAUUCAUUAUGUCAAAUAUCUGAAGGAAGUACCCGUCAAAUUAAUAAUCUACACAAUGGUUGCUUAUGUCCACAUCUUAAAGUCUUUAGAGAAUAUUUUUAUCUUGUUGAAAACACAGUAGAAUCAUUUUGUAAUGACAAUGAUAAAGUGAUCUCUUUUGAUUCUGUGUUAGAGGAUAAUCUACCAAGGGAAAAGUGGGAAGAUGUUUUUGAUGUAGCAUCUGGUUUUUUGACAUUUGAAAUUAAUGCCCCAAGUAAAAAAACUGUUUCCAAUGACCAAUUUAAUGAAAAAUUUAGCAAUGACAUUGUAAAAAGACAGUCUGCUACCAAUGGAUAUUGUUUUAUGCCUUCUGUUGAUCUAGACAACUGUGACUGUGGUGCUGGGUGGGUAUCUGAAUCUGUUUUAUCUGGUUAUACAGAAUUUUACCAUAAAAUCAAUAUGUACACAGAUCGUUAAGUAAUUGAGUGUGAUGUUUUUUUGAGAAAAUGUUUAACCAAUACUUGCAUUAGUUAUUGGGAUGGCUGUAAAG